AUGAAGACAAAGAGGCACAGUAAACCACGCUUCACCUUCCCUGUCGUGAUAAUAUUUUCUUUGUGUUUGCAAAUAAGUGCAAACCAUACUGGUUAUCCUAGGGUUAUAAAUGAAACCUGGAAUCCUAUCAGCCACAACCUAAGUGGAAGCCAGCAUGUAACAGAAGCCAAUACAAAUUAUCCUUUCAGCAUCAGUUUCAGCAGCAAAAUGACCACUUUUGAAAUGCAGACAAGUACCCUGCAAUCCUCAUCCUCCACAAUGGCCCAAAAUUCAACAUCUUCCCCUGAAAAGAGUGCUGUUUCUGCCACUGGAGGACCUAAUACUAGCAAACCCAAGAGUACAAUGACAAAAGAAACAUGUGAAGACAAUAAGUCUCUUAUACUGAUUUGCUUCGUUAUAAUAGCAGUACUUGUGCUCAUCUGCACCUUCUUAUUUCUGUCAACAGUUGUAAUAGCAAACAAAAUGUCCUAUCUCAAAAAAACUCAGCGAGGAAAACGUAGGCCCAGGAGCAACGGUGAUAUUCUGGCAACUAACAGUUUAUGGCCAACUGCAGCAGGAACAUGGCAGAGAAUGCCUAAGGAGACAACUGGAGCUGACUUGAUAAUGCAAGACUUAAUAUCAGGGAGAGAUGCUGCGAUCCAAAGGAAAACCAAAGAUGAAGCUACUGAGAAACUCACUAAAGAAAUAGAUAAUGAGCAGGAAAACAAAGAACUAAAGUCACACAAACCUAUCUUAACCAAUUUUGUAGUUGAGAUUUAA